AUGUCUGCCAGCACACCAUGGAUACUAUGGUUCUGCUCACUCAAGGGAAACCAAAUCUUCGCACCUGUUGAGGCAGAAUUUAUCAGGGAUGCCUUCAACCUCUUCGGCCUCAAACCAAAAUUCAAGGACUACGCCGUCGCCACGCGAGUGAUACUCGGAGAUGAAAUUCCGCCACAUGACCUGAGCUCGUUAACUGAAGAAUCAAGGCUCGCUCUGAACGAGGCUGUCGAGUUAUAUGGACUGAUUCACGCAAGAUACAUCUUGACUCAGACAGGACUUACCAUUAUGGCUCAGAAGUAUAAAGAAGGUGUUUUCGGAGUGUGUCCUCGAAUUCUAUGCCAGAAGCAAGCGGUAUUGCCCAUUGGCAUCAGCGAGGAACUCCGACAACACAGGUGUCGGGUCUACUGCCCCAACUGUCAAGAAGUGUACAUACCCAGGGGAGAAUUGAUUGGUGCUUCAGAUAUUGACGGGGCUUUCUUUGGUACUACAUUCCCUCAUAUGCUUCUGAUGGCUGACCCACGAUUGGUAUCUCCCACUGUCCCCAUCCCGCAUAUUCCUCAAUUGUUUGGCUUCAAGCAAUAUGGAGUUAAAUCAGUCGUACUUCAAAAAGUCGACAACGGAGAAUACGGUGUCUGUGCUAGAGAGCAAAUGGGAUCACAAAAUGAUGCCAGAUAUGUUAAAUGA